UAUGCUCUUUAGCCCUCGCCUUUGUCUUAACUUGGCGUCGUUUGCGUUCUUUGUCUCGAUGUGUGGUCGCCAUUUCUGUCGUGUUUGUUCUGGUUGUUGACCCAAACAGUUUCCACUAGCCACUACUAGAAGAGGUGAGGGGAUAAUUUGAGGCAGCCCCAUCAGAGACAGCCAGUAAAAUAUCAAAAACCAGUACUUGUUCAGAUGGAAGGUAGUCUUUUUGGGCAAGGGGUGGCAAUGGAAAAGAAAAAGCAUGCAUCCAAACUACAAAAUCAAGCUACCCUAGACCCUGUUCUGAAUGCACUCAGUGCAGUUGACAGAUUUGAGGAUUUACAAAAUAGUAAUUUAUCAACCCGACUGCUAAAAAGCACCCUACUGAUACCACAAUCUAGCUCAGCUGAUUCCAAAAGUCCAGAAUCACAGCUGGAGAGUAAUCAACUGAUUUUGAAGAGAGACAGUCAAAUUCCCAAUGAAGACCAGGUGGUGGUGAAUCAGAAGUUGUCAGAAAAACUGAAAUUCCACCAAGUAGAAGGUGUAAAGUUUAUGUGGAAUGCAUGUUUCAGAACCAGCACAAGUGCUGGAUGUGUGCUUGCACAUUGCAUGGGUUUAGGCAAAAGCUUGCAAGUUGUAACUUUGACCCAUACUGUACUUACUAAUGCUAUAUGUCAGGUAAAUCGUGUAAUGGUGGUGUGUCCACUUAGCACGGUCUUAAACUGGGAAAACGAGUUCAGGAUCUGGCUUCCUGGUGACACAUUCACGACUCUGAACGUUUGCGAAUUAGCUAGCAGUAAAACGGGUAAAACGAGAGAAACAAAAAUUAAAAAAUGGCUGAAUAUCGGAGGAGUAUUGAUUUUUCGGUAUGAAAUAUUAUUGGGGUAUGAAAUAUUUCGAAUUCUUACCAAAGAGAAAAAGAAGCUUACUGAGCAGGACGAGGUAUUUCGGCAAGCCUUAGUUGAUCCGGGUCCGGAUGUACUUAUUUGUGAUGAAGGACAUUUAUUGAAAAACGAAGAUUCCGAAAUAUACAAAGCCAUGAAUCAGAUUUGCACUCGACGCCGAAUUAUGCUAACUGGCACACCUCUUCAAAAUAGUCUGUUCGAAUUCUAUACAAUGGUUCAGUUUGUUAAGCCUGGACAACUGGGUACGAAAGCAGAAUUCGGAAAACGUUUUGCAAAGCCGUUGGAAAAAGGACAGGCGGUCGACUCCGCCCCGGAAGAUGUUCGUGUCAUGAAACGGCGAGCUCUUAUUCUUCAUAAGAUGCUUGAAAAUAUUGUUCAGCGUUUUGACAGCAACGUCCUCGCACCCUUUUUACCGCCCAAAUAUGAAUAUGUUGUAUCCAUAAGGAUGUCGGAGCUCCAAAUCCGCCUUUACCUUUAUUAUUUGGAAAAUCACACUAAAGGAGGGAGUAUCCAACCCUCCGGAAAUCAAGGUGAAAGUGCUGGAUUGUUCAGCGACUUUCAGCAGCUUGCCCGAGUUUGGACUCAUCCAAAGGCUUUGCUUUUGGCAUGUAAUCGUCCGGAUUCAAGGAACUCAACUCAACAUGCUGUUUCAAAAAUUUCCAGUAGCGAGGACGUGUGUAUGCAAGAUCUGGUUGACCAAGCUUUAACGUCGUCCAGCAGUCCUUGGUGGUCAGAUUUAAUCUCAGAAAACGAAAUUAACAACAUAGAACACAGUGGAAAAUUUGUUCUGCUGAUGGAUAUUCUUCGGGAGUGCGAGCUGAUUGGUGAUAAAUUAUUGGUCUUCAGCCAGUCGCUCAGAAGCCUAGAUCUGAUAGAAGAGUUUCUUGCAAUUGAAGAUUUCAAAAAUCAAAACAGAAGCACUAACGAAACCAAUGGGGCAAGUGUUGUUGGCGGCACGUGGAAUAUCAAUACUGAUUACUUUCGACUGGAUGGCUCCACGUCUUCCGAACAGCGUCUUAAAUGGUGCCGAGCGUUCAAUGACCCCCAAAAUCCCCGUUCGCGUCUGUUUAUAAUCUCAACUAGAGCUGGCGGUAUAGGCAUAAAUUUGGUGGGAGCCAACCGCGUCAUAAUUUUUGAUGCGUCAUGGAACCCGUCACAUGAUCUGCAAAGUGUCUUUCGGGUUUACCGGUUAGGACAAAAGAAGCCGUGUUACAUUUAUCGCUUCGUAGCUCAGGGAACCAUGGAAGAAAAAAUCUAUUAUCGCCAGGUAGCCAAACUCUCACUAUCAAGGCGUAUUGUUGACGAGGAGCAAAUCGAUCGUUACUUCGCCUCAAACGAUUUGACUGACCUCUAUACAUUUAAUGCCGAUGGCCAGUUUUCGUUACCGGCUUCAAUACAAGAGCGUGAUGACUCUUCUCUUCUUGACGACAACCUGUUGGCUGGAGUCGCAGUUCGACUGAAAGAGUGGGUUGGUGGGUACCAAGCACACGAUUCUUUGCUUCAGAAUCGUCCUGAAGAAUAUCUCGAAGACAGUGAGCAGCAAGCCAUUUGGAAAAUAUUUCAAGUAGAAAAAGAAAAAGAGACUUCGUUGGCGCAAGCAAGCUCGCAAAUAACUCUGUGAUGAAGUUGGUUUUGUUUACAACUGUCGAGCAUGGUGUAAAAGGGAGGUGUACCAACUCUUCAGUUAAGAAGGGUAUCUCAGCUGAAGCCUCUUCGUGGUACAAGGUUAUCAAUCGUCAGAGACGCCUGGUGGCCGAUCUUGAACUAAAUGAAAAACCCACUUGAAAAAUAUUCUAAGUCCAAAACAGUGGAUCCAUCCCUAUCGGCAUUCGCUACGGGCCUACGGCCCAUGGCAAUAAGAUGGCAUUUCAAAAUUAAUGUUAUUAUCUUUCUUGUUUGGAAAAAAAAUAUUUCAAGUACUGUAUGAUCACACUCUAUAUUUAAAAAGAAAUUAAAAGAUAGUUUAAGUAUUACUUUGUAUUACAUUUCUUGUAUGGGCAUUUUUGGCCAGUUUGAAACUCGCCUGGACUGUUGUUUGUUCUUUGGACAAUAAAACAUCUUUCAAACGUUUA